AUGGAAAGAGUAGGUCCAUUGAUAAAUAUUUGGUCAAUGCCUUUUGAGGCUAAACAUAAGGAGUCAAAAGUGGCUGCACAAGCCAUAACCAGCAGAAAAAACAUCUGCUACACUUUAUUUUUGAAAAACCAACUCAAAGUGGCUCAUCGAGUAGCCAACAGUAUUAAUUGUAAUCCAUCCGCCCUAUUAAAGAUUUGUAAAACAAUUUUUAUUUCUGAGGAGGAACUAAAAAAUAUUUCUAGUGUCUUGAAUGAUGUUAAUGGUUAUACAUUUAUUUCAUGGGUUAAUUUAAAUGGUACUCGUUAUUCCACUACCAAUAUGUGUAUUGUUAUAAAUAAAGUAACUAGUUUACCAGUGUAUGGAUUAAUAAAGCAUAUUUAUAUUUUACCAGACACGAUUCUUGUAGCUAUUUGCUCUUUAUUAUUUUGUACAAAUGGUUUGGACGACCAUUAUCAGUCAUAUGUUGUAAAUAAUACCAAAGAAAUUGUAAAAAUUAAAAUAACCGAAUUACCAUAUAAAAACCAACUAGUUAUUGUAUAA